UCAUUUCAUGUUGAAAUGUAUUUCUGUUUUCCUGAGCCAGAUCAGUGUUGCUGUGUUUGUUUAUGUAUUCACUCACUUUUUCUUCUGUAGUUGUUUGUAGCGGUAAGAAAGAAGCUCAGCUCUUCACCUUGCCCUGGAAUGGCAUACUGAGCAGCAGCAGACUCCAUCACCUCCGCUUUAGCCACGGCUGCAUCUGCUUCUUUCUGAAGAUUGAGUAAAUCAAGAGUUGCCUCUAACUGUGCCUUUUCCACUUUAAUAUACAUCUCUUUCUCAGUAUAUGCUAAUCUGGCUUUUGUGGCUUGAGCUUCUGCAUGCGCGCGUGCUGCAGCCAUGCUGGCUCUGGUUGAUGCUGACGACUUUGAAGAUCCUGUUGAUGAUCUAACAGUAAUUUUUCCUGACAACCUUGAGGACUUUGCUGAUGUAACGGGUAUACAGUAUAUUAUUGUGAUUAUUUUUGGGAGACUUUUAUUUUGACAGAUGGACUGGUUUUACGUGUGUUGCGAGAGGAUGCGAAGAAGAGGGCGGUGCACGAGAGUGUCCCAAACAGAAGUGAGUGUCGUGUCGUGUCGUGCUCGAGAAGUUCGGUUGAUAAAGUUGCUUUAAUAGUGCUGUAUCAGAGCUGUAGUCGAAUAAAAGACUACAUCACCUAGUGUUUUUGCGAACUGUGACCCACAUUUCGCAGUUGAGGAUUUUGUUUUGUGUCGUUUUUGCUUCGUGGGCCGCAUCAGCUGCCGGAGUGACGCAGUAACUUUAUUACGGCUACAACGACAGCGUCGAGUGUAUAAUAUGUGUUUUUUGUUUGAAUUGUGACGUUUGAAGAGAUCCGAUCACUUUUGCCUGAGUAUUGCGCUCAUUACGUUUUGAUGGUGAAAAAGCGUUAUUGAAACAGACUAAUCACACAUUUUUUUCGUGUUCAACGUUUUUUUCGUCUUUGCACGUGAGACAGAGACUGCUGUAUGUUGCAGUUAACGCAGAGAGAUUUGUUUUUGGAAGUUAAGGAUUUCUCACUCUUAACGACAUCUCAGUUUGAUUCAUUGUUUGAUAUACCCAACUUCCCGGAUAUUUCGUUGGGCUUGAGUGAGUCAACUACACUACUAAAGUUAAUUUCAACGCACGCUACGUCGAGACAACACAUUUCCACUCAUCGUUCCACAGACUGGUUCUUUGUCACUUGGCUCUAUCUCCGUCAUCUGCAAUGGAUGGCAAUGAAGUCGUACCGAGUGCAAGUUUCAUCUCUGAGUCUUUCAUUGCCAGAAGGGAACCAAUGAGAGAUUUGAUAAACACCUUCAGUGACUUGUAUAUUGACUUUGAUGAGGUAAGCGAAAGAGCUAUGGAUAAUUUUCCUGAAGAUGACCUUUCUUUUCCUCCACCUCCACCACUGGAACCAAGUGGAGAAACGGAACACAACCUGAAUGUCCGAAUCACUGCUUUGGAAAAUCAGAUGGCAGAAAUAUGUCAGAUGGUGAGUGAGAAAGUUUCUUGUGACGAGUUGGUUAAGCAAUGUAAAAAGAUUGAAGAUAGGAUUGCAUAUCAUGUUCAACGUGAGGAUGAGAGAGCUAAACAGCAGGUGGAAAUGUUAGUUAAGGAUCUGGGUCAAUCUAUGUUAGGUUGCUUGAAAAGAAGAGAUCAGCAACUGGAGCAAAAACUUCAAGAGUUUAAACUAUUCUCAUCUACUCCAAAAAUCUCCAAAAUUGAUCCUUUAGUUAGUGAUAGCGCCACACCACCUAGCAACAUGACAUAUAACCGACCGACCAGCCAUAUUCAUAACCAGACCAAUCAGUCUGCAAUUCCGUACAACCCUCCAGUAAAACUUGAUUUCCCUAGUUUCAGCAAUAACCUCGAAGAUGACCCAGUUUCGUUCAUUGAGCGUUGUGAGGAAUACCUUACUGUUCGCCCCCUCACUGACGAUGAAAUUCUAGCCUCACUCUCAGCUGUACUGAAGGGUACCGCCAAAGAUUGGUGGAUGGCAGAGAGGAGAAGUGUGACUAAAUGGAAGCAAUUCAAGGAGAGAUUCCUGCACUCGUUUUUAAGCAAAGACUACCGGGAGGUGGUAGCCAGGAAACUGAUGGAAAGGAAGCAAGGUGCUAAAGAGAGUUUCAGGGACUUUGCUUUCCAAUAUCGUGCUUUGUGUCUACGGUGGAAAAAGGAUAUGUCUGAGAAGGAAAUGAUACAAUCCAUCCUCAGGAAUUGCAAUCCUCGACUUGCUAGUUUAUUACGUGGGACUGCCAAGGACGUGGGAGAGUUAGUCAGGAUAGGAACACAAAUUGAAAGAGACUUUGAUGAGUCUAGGAAGUAUUGGAGUCAAGUCAAUGGUGAGGAACAGAAAAGGAAAACAUCCUCUGUUCAAGAACCUCAGCGCAAGUUACCACCGGUUGGCAAUCGAAUGGUGCUACUUGACCAAAGCCCAGACCAUCAUGCCUACAAGAACAUCUCCCUUCCCAUAAUCAUCAGAGACAGCUAUAUAAUUGCCAUAGUUGACACUGGAAGCACUUUCUCACUAAUUCAACAGUCGUUGUGGAAGCAGUUAAGUCCUCGGGAAGAAUGUCAACCUAGUGGAGGUCAAUCAUUCCUGUUGGCUAAUGGCCAGAGACAAAAUUCCUUGGGUAAAGUGAAUUGGAGGUGUGAAAUUCAAGGACAGUCUGUGUAUAUCACUUUCUUUAUUAUGCAAGAUUCCAAUCUAACUGUUCCAGUUAUUCUAGCAAUUGACUUUCUGUUGGAGUCCAGGAUGGUGUUGGAUUUCCACAAAGCCGAGUACAGAAUGCUUGCAAUACCUGAACCAAAAAGUUUUCCGUUUCUGCAGCACAAUCUUCAACCCUCUACCCAUUUCUAUCUUGCAGUAUCGGGGUCUACUUGUAAUGAUGAAACUCUACAACAGGUUCACAAGUUAGCCCAAGCAGCAGAUGCAGAUCUUACCACCCAGAAGGAGUUAAAGGAUUUUAUGGUACAUUGGUCUACUGUGUGCACUCAGCAGAUUGGUCGAACAAAUUGCAUCAAGCACAGCAUUAUAACUGUUGAUGAAGUUCCCGUAAGAAAACGUCCUUACAUGGUCUCUAUGGAGAAGCAGAAAUUCAUCGAUUCACAAGUACAAGAACUUUUAGACAAAGGAAUCAUCCAACCGUCUACUUCACCUUGGGCCUCACCGGUGGUGGUAGUUCAGAAGAAGGAUGGAGAUUCCAGAUUCUGUAUAGAUUAUCGAGGGCUUAAUUCCAAAACACAUCUGGAUGCUUACCCCAUGCCUCAAAUACAGGAUAUCUUAGAGAGUCUCCAUGAAUCAUCCAUCUUCAGUACACUAGAUUUAAAAAGUGGCUACUGGCAACUAGAAAUGGCUAAGGACAGCAUUAAGAAAACGGCUUUUUGUCACAUCUACAGGGUUAUACGAAUUUCUGUGUCUAGCGUCCGGCCUGAAAAACGCUGCAGCAUCCUUCCAGCGGUUGAUGGAACAGGUACUACGGGGAGUGAGAGGAAAAUGUUGCAUGGUAUACAUUGAUGAUAUCGUCGUAUAUUCAAAAACUAUUCCAGAACAUCUUCUGCAUCUCCAACAAGUUUUCAAAUGUCUCCAUAAAGCAGGUCUCACACUCAAUCUAAAAAAAUGCAACUUAAUCCAGAAAUCGCUCUCAUUCCUUGGACAUGUCAUGACACCAGAAGGAAUAAAAACUGACCCAGCAAAGAUUUCAGCGGUUGAAUCAUUUCCCAUACCCCAAACCAUCAAAGACGUGCAAAUGUUCCUAGGUUUAGCAGGAUGGUAUCAUCGUUUCAUUCCCCAAUUCUUUGAAAAAGCAGCUCCUUUACAUGCCCUGAAUCAGAAGAAUGCCUUGUGGGAAUGGACAGAGCAGUGUCAACAAGCUUUUAACACCAUUAAACAAGACCUUGUACAAGCUCCAGUUUUAAUCACCCCUGAUUUUUCUAAAUCGUUCAGAGUACAAACCGAUGCCAGUGAUAUGGGUGUUGGAGUUGUUCUCACUUAGGAAGUGGAUGGAGAAGAACAUGUAAUCUCCUAUGCUUCUCGUUUGCUGAGAGGAGCGGAGAAAGCUUAUUCCGUAUCCGAGAAAGAGUGUCUGGCAGUAGUAUGGGCCGUCGAGAAAUGGAGACAAUAUCUGGAAGGACGGAUGUUUGAAGUAAUAACCGAUCAUGCAGCCUUGACCUGGGCAUUUCAGCAUCCAAAACCCUCCUCACGCCUCAUACGAUGGACCAUAAGACUGCAAGGUUUUUAUUUCACAGUGAGAUAUAGGAAAGGCCAGUGCAAUGUAGUACCAGAUGUGCUAUCAAGAAGUCUCAACACUCCUCCAGAAAUGUUACUCAUUGCUACUGCAACCAAAACCAUUUUUCCCCCGUGUGACCUACCAGUUGAUCUAUCACAAAUUGCCACAGCUCAACAGCAUGAUGAAGUUCAAGACUUGGUCACUAAGGCAGGCAAACAGACCUUUGAUGUGACUAGAGUUCAUUAUGUUCUCGAAAAUGGCUUGCUAUUUCGCAGUGUACAUGAUGGUAAAAAAGGUAAAAAACUUCAACUAAUCAUUCCAUCUGCCCUAAGACAACCUUUUUUACAAUAUGCUCAUGACAAUCCACUGAGUGGUCAUUUUGGAAAGCUCAAAACCUUAUUUAGGCUCCUUGAGACAGUGUACUGGCCUAGCAUCAGAGCAGAUGUGUGGAAAUGUUGUAAAGAGUGUAACACCUGCCAAAAACACAAGCCAUCUAUGACUAAAA